CGAAAUUUUCCACCCCGUCUAUCAAUCCGUGAAUCCGUGUAUAUCAGUUGAUCCUAUUGUUUUAGUGAGCACCGAAAAGCCCGGGUUUUUCCAAAAAAUGACUGACGGGAGGCGUUCUGCAAAAUGUGCUCCCGAGGUUCGCAUCGGCAACUACAUAAUCGGAGAAACAUUGGGAGUAGGAACCUUUGGAAAAGUUAAAGUUGGAAUACACAAAUCCACCGGCGUGCAAGUUGCUGUGAAAAUUGUCAAUCGCGACAAAAUCAAGGCACUGGAUGUUGCGGGGAAACUACGCCGGGAAAUUCUCAAUUUAUGGCUGUUUCGGCAUCCCCAUAUUAUCAAACUGUACCAAGUCAUAAGUACACCGACGGAUAUUUUUAUGAUAAUGGAAUUUGUUAGCGGGGGUGAACUGUUUGAUUUCAUCGUGAAAUCGGGAAAACUGUCAGAGAAAGAGGCACGGAAAUUCUUCCAGCAGAUCAUCUCUGGUGUUGCCUACUGCCACAGGCACAAAGUUGUUCAUCGUGAUCUUAAACCUGAAAAUUUACUGUUGGAUUCGAACCACAACGUCAAAAUAGCUGACUUUGGUGAAGUAGAACCCUGGACGGUGAGCGUGGAACCACCUACUGCCUCGGACGUUUACGACUGCAUAUGUUCUCUCAAGUGCCACCGAGCUCCCGGUCCGGAUGACUUUCCACCCGCACUGUUCAAAGACGGGGGUGAAGUCCACAGUCAACGCUUGUCCGAUCUGUUUGUUUGCAUUUGGGAAAAGGAGUCUAUCCCAGACAACUGGGGAGAAUCGGUGAUAGUGCCCAUUUUCAAAAAAAGGGUGCGUAGUUUAUCGAACAUGAUGCAAGACGGUGAAUUCUUACGAACUUCUUGUGGUUCACCGAACUAUGCUGCACCUGAAGUGAUUUCAGGCAAAUUGUAUGCUGGACCUGAGGUUGAUGUUUGGUCCUGUGGUGUCAUCCUGUACGCCCUUUUGUGUGGUACCUUGCCGUUCGAUGAUGAACACAUCCCGACCUUGUUCAAAAAGAUAAAGGCUGGGUACUUCCAUCUCCCAGAAACACUCAGCCCCGGGGUCCGGGAUUUGCUCCGACGCAUGAUCACCGUAGAUCCAAUCAAGCGUGCCACAAUCGAGGAGAUUCGACGCCAUCCUUGGUUUGUCGUAGAUCUUCCCAAUCAUCUUUUUCCACAAGAACGGGACGAGGACGCAUCCAUAAUCGAUAAGGAGGCUGUCUAUGAAGUUUGUCAAGCCUGUAACGUAACUGAACGUGAAGUUUUUGCCGCCCUGAUCAACAAUGAUCCUAGUGACCACCUUUGUGUGGCCUAUCACCUAAUUAUCGAUAACAAGCGUUUUGGGUCGGUGCUAAACCCGGAAGAGGUGAAUAAUUUUUACGUCGCAACUGGUAUUGAUUCCACCACUCCGAGUACCCCCAUCUCAGGUAUAUCCGGGACGAGUCCGGUUGGUGGCGGACUCUUAUCGCAUUCUCCCGGAAACAACACCGGCGCGCCUUCAAGCCGACCUCUGUCACCCUCCCGGCCUCAUCCUGAACGGAUGCCCGAUGGGCCUCCAUUGACACGAACACUGGAUCCCGUCGGAGACCAGGCUCCGAGCAGUCUUACCUCGAUGGAUGUUAACAGUGGAUCUGGUUCAGCGUCCUCCCAUGCACAAUCUGCAAUUGCUGCGGGCGCAGCUGCUGCUGCCGGGAUGAAACGUUUCAAGUGGCAUCUGGGUAUCCGGUCCCAGUCCCGUCCAUGGGACAUUAUGCACGAGGUGUUCAAAGCAAUGAACACAUUAGGCUACGAGUGGAAAGUAGUCAACCCGUUUAAUAUUCGUGUGCGAAAAUGGAACCCAAUCCUACAACACUAUUCCAAGCUAGUGUUGCAACUAUACCAGGUUGAUGCUCGAUCCUACUUGUUGGACUUUAAGUGCAUUGAUGAGAGUCAACUGGACAGUGACUCAGCAGUUGGACGACGGCGAUCCAACAACGUAUCUGCCUGUUUGGAAUCUCCCUACUCUGGAAACUCCCCUGGAAUGGUUGCUUCGAUGUACAGCGCAGAUGGCAGUCGAUCGGGUAGUGUGGGUUCAGUUAGCCCGCUUCCAACAGGGAACAACACUGACGGUGUGAGUGCUACCGAUCUAGUCCGCGCGUUGUCAACGGGAUCUCAGGAAAUUCCCUUGCCCCGAAGACAAAAACGUCAUCAGACCAUGGAGUUUUUUGAAAUGUGUACCGAACUCAUUACAACCCUAGCUCGGUGA